CCUCCACUUGUGGGUGAGAUGAUGCCCCAGGGUCGCUGCUUUGGUGCCGGGCCAUGGGCCGGCUAUUGGACAGCCCUGACCUUGCUAGGCCUAAUGGUGCAGACAGCACAGAGAGCGGAGCCGAGCGGCGGGGAGGCGGCCUCCAUCAACCACUCGUUGACCCUCCUGCAUCGCUUGCAGGAGUUGCUGCGGCUGGGCGACGGGAGCGACGUGGUGCUGCAGGUGCGGGCCGCGGGCACCGACGAGGUCCGUGUGUUCCGGGCUCAUCGGCUGCUGCUGGGCCUGCAGAGCGAGGUGCUGGGAGCCCUGCUGCUCAACCAGAGCGAGGUGCUAUUGCUGCAGGAGCCCGGAGACUGCGCUGCCGUCUUUGACAAGUUCAUCAGGUACCUAUACUGCGGGGAGCUGACCCUGCUGCGGUCGCAAGCCGUGCCCCUCCAUCGACUUGCCACCAAGUACCACGUGGCGGGCCUGCAGCAGGGCGUGGCCGACUACAUGAAGGCGCACCUGGCCGGUGAGGCCGGGGGUCCGGGCCCGGCCGUGAGCUGGUAUCACUAUGCGGCCCGGGUGGGCGACGAGGACCUGCGAGACAGCUGCCUGCGCUUCCUGGCAUGGAACCUGUCGGCGGCGGCCGAUAGCCCUGAGUGGGGGGCGGCCAGCCCGGAGCUGCUGGCCGUGCUCCUGGACCGCUCGGACCUGGUGCUGCAGGACGAGCUGGAGCUCUUCCGGGCCCUGGAGGCCUGGCUGGGCCGCGCCCGGCCCCCGGCCCCCGUGGCCGCCCGGGCCCUCCGGGCCGUCCGCUACCCCAUGAUCCCGCCGGCCCAGCUGCUGCAGCUGCAGGCCCAGUCGCCCGCCCUGCUCCGGCACCGGGGGGCCGUGGGCGACCUGCUCCUGCAGGCCUUCCAGUUCCAUGCUGCCUCCCCGCUGCGCUUCGCCCAGUUCUCGCCCGUCAACGGCAGCGCCUUCGUGCCUCGCAACUACCUGGCGCCGGCCUGGGGGGCCCCGUGGGUCAUCAAUAACCCGGCCCGGGAUGACCGCAGCACUAGCUUCCGGACCCAGCUGGGCCCCAGCGGCCACGACGCGGGCAAGCGGCUCACCUGGACCGCACUCUUCUCCCCGCGCUGGCUGCCCGCCGGCCCCAGGCCCGCCGACGGGGACGGGCCGGGCGGGGCGCUGGCCCCGGCCCGCCUGGAGGACGGGCGGCCCCGGCUCGUGGUCACCCCGGCCCCCGGGGGUGGCGGAGGCGGCGGCCCGGCGGGCGAGGCCGCGGGCGUCAGCUUCCAGAAGACCGUGCUGGUCGGGGCCCGGCAGCAGGGCCGCGUCCUGGUCCGCCACGUCCAUGCUUUCCACCGCAGCAGCGACGAGGCCGGGGACUUCCUGGCCCAGGCUGACCUGCAGCGGCGCAACUCCGACUACCUUGUGGACAACGCUCUGCACCUGCACCUCAUCGUCAAGCCUGUCUACCACCCCCUCAUCCCGCCCCACCCGUAGCCAGGGGAGGGGGCAGCGACGGGGGCGAAUUAAAAACAGCUUUGGU